UUACGCAUAGGAUUUCGUGGCUAUGCGCUUGCCUCUCGGCGUUUUUCCUGUUUAGUGAAGCGAAGUGCGGUCCACAACCAAUCCUGCGGGACCCCUUUAACGCCGUUAUGGUUCUUCUCCAUGGGUGCGUAUAAAUGUCCCGCUGUGGGCAGCAGCGCGCUUUAUGCAACAUCGUACCCGAGUCGGAGCGAGACCAGCGUCGUCCAUGCAGCUUCGCAGUUCUCGCUGGUGGGGCGCCUGGGUCGCCCUGCUGCUGAUGCUGCUGGUUUUCUGCGUGCACGAGAGCAAGCAGGGAAAGAUGCUCAAGCUGGUGGGCGCCGCGGCGCUUCUGGGCGGCCACAGGGGCUUCGUGCCCAUACCUAUUCCCAUCCACUACAGCCGCAAUGAUGACCACCACCACCACCACCAUCAUCACUCGCAUCACCCACACUACUACCAUCACCACUACCCGUCGCACCAUUACCACCACCAUGGGCACGGCGAUGAAUACGGUGGUCACGGUGGACAUGGCGGUUACAGCGGAUGGUGGUGACGCUGUCAACUAUCGCACCCCACAUAACAACCCCCCAACCGUUCACGAAUACAUGACUUGUUACUUGGUCACUGCGCCAUCUCCAAAUACGCAGACCCAACUUCCGAAUCGUAUUCGCGACAGUAAUCCGCGCACAUAUGAAUACAUAUUGUGGUGCACAUAAGAUAAAUGAAGUCGAGGUCAAAAUUCGUAACAUUCGGCAAUAUU